AUGUCAGCCAACCAAGACCUCGUCCUUGCCAACGGUGAGGCCAGCCCUGUCAUCAAUGUCGAGUUUGUCCCUCUUGGCGAACCGAACGAAGACACGGAGCCCAACAGCAUGGAUUAUGAAGUGAACGAUGAGCAUGCGGUUAAUUCACCUCCGUGGUUUCCAACCGCAGCCCAAGUCGGGAUAGGGGUUUCAAUCUCAUGGUAUAACGCUUGGCUUAAAGCAUGGCUCAGCUGGGGGCAUCAUAGGGUUCUGACCAUAAACGCCUGCAGAUUUCGUACACCAGAAGGCUCAUGUUACCAAGCGCAAGUCAGACCAUCAACAACCACAAUCAUGAUCAAGCGAGAAAAUGAGAUCGACCAGUACCGGGUCAAGAAUGCCUUACAAGCCUUUCCCAGCGCCGACUCGCUUCAGAUCGUCGAAGGUCCAUGGCAUCACGAGCCCCCUCGUGUCCGCGACCAAGAGCCAGUCUAG